GCAUCUUCAACUAGUAUCAUUUGCAAAUCACACAUUUCUCUAGUAUUUCCUACUCCAAAGUCUUCGCUUGUCUUCUUCCCUUUCCCUCUUCCACGAAAUUGCUUUCCAUCUCCUAAAAUGUUUCGAUCUAUAUAUAUAUAUAUAUCCAACUUAAAGAAGAAUAUCAUUCUGUGUGCAUUUAUUUCUCCUUAAACCAAGAAAAUGGCACUCAAAGUCCUUACUGCCCUUGACUCAGCUAAAACACAAUACUAUCACUUCAAGGCGAUUAUCAUCGCCGGUAUGGGCUUAUUCACUGAUGCAUACGACCUCUUUUGUAUCCCUCCGAUCAUGAAACUCAUUGGUCGAAUCUACUAUGGAUCAUCCAGAGACGUGCCUCAGGCCGUCACAUCCGCUAUGGUUGUGACGGCCCUUUUGGGCACGGUUAUCGGUCAACUAGUUUUCGGCCGAUUAGGUGACCUAAUCGGCCGACGCAAAGUCUAUGGCUUUGCUCUCAUGAUCAUGCUCUUGAGCUCUUUUGGUUGUGGACACUCUAUAUGCACGUCCAGGACAUGUGUUUUAUUCAGUCUUGGAUUUUUUAGGUUCUUGUUAGGGCUUGGGAUAGGUGGAGAUUACCCUCUAUCAGCAACAAUUAUGUCUGAAUUUUCUAAUAAGAGGACAAGGGGUGCGUUUAUUGCUGGAGUUUUCUCAAUGCAGGGAUUUGGAAUACUUGCUAGUUCUACUGUUACAAUGAUUGUUUGUUCUAUUUUCGAUCGUGCUACUUCAGGAGGAAGUGAGAGAUCACUUCACAGUGCAGACUUAGCUUGGAGAAUUAUACUAAUGAUUGGCGCUGUUCCAGCAGGGUUUACUUAUUACUGGCGUAUGAUGAUGCCUGAGACUGCCAGGUAUACGGCUUUAGUUGAAAGAAAUGUGCCACAAGCAGCUAAGGACAUGGAAAAAGUACUCGAUAUUUCAGCAAGUCAGAUUGCUGAGGAGUUUUGUGUUUAUCCAAGAAAUUCACCACCCUCUUAUUCCUUUUUCUCCAAAACAUUCAUUCAUAGCCAUGGCCGUGAUCUCUUUGCUUGUUCAAUUUCUUGGUUUUUAGUCGAUAUUGUUUUCUACAGCAGCAAUCUCUUUCAAUCCCAAAUAUACAAACGCUAUCUUAGUAAAAAGCAAGAGGUAAAUGCUUUUCAAGAAGCUUUUGAAGUUGCAAGACUCCAAGCUAUUAUUGCAAUUUGUUCAACAAUUCCAGGCUAUUUCGCGACUAUGUAUUUUAUCGAUCGAUUUGGGAGAGUCAAAAUCCAAAUGAUGGGAUUUUUCUUCAUGGCAAUAAGUUUAUUAGCAAUUGGAAUUCCAUAUUAUUCAUAUUGGAAUAAUAACACCAAUGGUUGGUUCAUGUUUUUAUAUGGCCUAACGUUUUUUUUCUCUAAUUUUGGUCCAAACACAACUACUUUUAUAGUGCCCGCGGAACUUUUUCCUGCUCGUUUCAGAACAACAUGUCAUGGCAUUUCUGGGGCUAUCGGUAAAGUUGGUGCAAUUAUUGGAUCAGUAGGUUUUUUAUGGGCUUCUCAUAAUAAAAAAGAUGAUGGUUAUACUAAAGGGAUUGGAAUGACAGCCUCGUUAAUACUUUUAGCUGGAGUUUGUCUAGUGGGAAUGAUCGUUACAUAUUUUUUUACCCCCGAGACAAUGGGAAAAUCACUAGAGGAAAAUGAGAAUAUUAUCAGUGAACAUCAUCAAAGAGAAAAUAGUGCUGUUACAGUUUAAAGAUUAAUAUCUCCUAAUCUUGUUUUGUUAAGUGAAAUUUUUGUUGCCUUGUUUUCUACUUUGAGUUUCCACAUAUGUACAUAUUAGUGCAUAGACUUGAGGUGAGUGUACUUCAGCACCAUAUAUGUCUAGGGAAUGAAGUUGAUUUUGAGACCAACUUUGUACUGGUUAAUUAUGUGAAAUAUGUACACCUUCUGUCUAAUAUUAUUUGUCGUGUUUUUCUUUUA